GUGAUAUUGUUAGCAAUGUCUUCAGACGCCGGUGAAAAAUAUGUUUCUGUAGAUUUCGAGGUGUUCGGGAACGUUCAGGGUGUUUGCUUCAGAAUGUAUACAGAGGCAGAAGCUAAGAAACUGGGUGUGACGGGCUGGGUGAAGAACACUAGACAGGGCACUGUGGUGGGACAGGUGCAGGGACAUCCUGAAAAGGUUAAAGAAAUGAAGUGUUGGCUCAGUAAAGUGGGCAGUCCCAGCUCUCGAAUCGACCGCGCUCACUUCACCAACGAGAAACCAGUCUCUAAACUGGAGAUUCGUGGAUUUGGCACUCGCUACUGAAACCCAGC